AUGGGAGAUCCUGUUCUUGAAUUCCUUCAACUUGAGGCGAACGAAGUGAUCGACAACCACUCUAACUCGACGGUGGAUCUCAUGAAAGGGCAUGUUCUGCCCAAGUUAAGAGUUUUAGGCUUGUUCGUAGGGAACUCGCCCAUCUUUACACAAGACGAGCUACUAUUUUGGGGCGACCAAGCAGGCUGGGAGAGUCUUACGUUUCUCGGACUGUAUCAUACUCAGUCUUUCAUCCCUUUCGUAGGGCGAACACCGAAUCUAGAGGAGUUGUGGCUUCUUCCUCUAGAGGGGGAGGAUACCACAGGUUUAGAUUCGCAUCUAGCUGGAUUCAAAGACUCCUACCCGUUCCCAGCACUUCGCCAACUCAAGGCUCGAUCUCCCUGGAGAGAUAUCGCCCUGUCACAACAGAAUGACCGUGUUAUCCCCUGGUAUCUGAUCAACCGACUGUCACCAGAACACCUUACGUCCCUAGAUUUGUCUCGUUCUUCUCAUCGCGACCAGGACGUAACGGAUGUACCUCAAGCUGAAGAUAUCGCCAGAGUUCGUGCCAUAUGCCCUAAUCUACAAGAUCUGCGCUUGGACAUGAUUAUACCAUGGAGUCACGAGCCGUUCCCACGCGAUAUCGCAAAGGAACUAACCGCAUUCACCAAACCUAUCAGUUUGACAAUCUACUUACAUGUUACUCGCCAUCCUCACCUUGGGACAGAAGCUCUGUAUCUUUGGAUCGCACGCGGCUUGCGAUGGUGUUUCAGGUCUUCGUUCAAGAUAGCGCGGUGCUUUCUCAAGGAGCGCGAAAGCCAAAGGAUCCACGGCCAACCUCGAUUCUCUGUCAACAUCAUAUGGGCCAAUGAUGUGUUUGCGGAGAACGACUCAAUCAGGUCUGCCCAUUUCCACAUAUGCACUGUUGAGACGCACCAGGACGUUUCACGCUCUCACAACGAAAUAUUGUUCAAGCACGCUACUUCAAACAAAGACAUCGAGAAGAUGAGUUUGGAUCAGCUAAAAGACAGAACAAAGCCACGACUCGGGAAUAUUGUUGGCGGUCGAGCACGUUAUCUUCGCGAAAUCAGACGCCGCGAGAAUCUUGAUGACGUCGGAACAGGGGCCUACGAGAUAGACGCCACACUCUACGACAUUCUGACUGCGUCAGAUCCAGUUUUGCAAAGUAAGACAUCCAGAUGCACAAACGUCCUGCACCCAACAAGAUGCCCAAAUCGGAUGAAGAGACGCCGGGUUAGCGACCAAGGAGAGUGUAGGAUGUGCCAGGAAAGACGGAGUAGCUUGAGCGUGCUACCGAGGAAGAGCUUGGUAGACAGUUUCGCGAAGCUUGAGAGCUUGAAGCGGAGGACGAGCAGUGCGGUGGUGGAACGAGAUGGGGAUGAAGGCGGAGGAACUGAGGGGAGUGCAGAUGCGAUGACGAUAUCUGUGACUCCCAAAUUCGAGCGAAGGAGUUCAACGCUGCUCAUCUACGUGGAGAGAGAGAAGAUACUCGAUUUCGAGAUCCUGAAGCAGCAGCGGUUACAGCCGAGGAAAAGAACAAGAAAGACACGCGCAAUCACAAAGCCACGAGGAAGGCUCAUCGAAGCACCAGAGCACACAGAACUUCAAAGUUGA